AUUUAACACCAUCUUGUGUUUUUAGGAGAUCUAGAAUGAAAACUAAUUUACGUGAGAAGCUGUCAGAAUUUCAUAUUAUCUUUUGGCCACAUAAAUAACAUUUGCACUGUAUUGCAUACUUUUGCUCAGUUUUGGCAUCUGAAUAAUACUAAUGUUGUUUUUUUUUGUAUUACUUCAUUAUACAUAUAUCAUAAAUAUAUCAAUGGAAUAAAUUACACUUUAAAAUGUAUAUAUAAUUUUUUUUUAUUAGUAGUAAUAUUUGGCCAAAUCUCUUUUACAAUCAGGUCUUUAUACAUUAAAUGCAUGCCAACUGAGCUUUCCCAAAACAUCACAAAUUAGUCCCUUUGGGAUUUCAUUGUUUAAAUACAAAAUUAGCUGUGUACAGAAUGAUAAACACCGCUUUCAAACCACACAGAGGGAAUUCUCAGGAAAAGGAUGUUUCGGAAACCUUGAAAGCUUUUAAUGAACCUCCUCUGUUAUUGUUCUGUUUUCACUGCGGAAAGAGACCUUAAAUUAGACCCAAUGGCAGCACAGGCCUAAUACAGCUAAUACAACUUUCUCAGUCUGUCUAACAGCAGCAAUAUACCUGUACCUCAAUGCAGCACCGAGUCCAGUCUUACAACUUCACAGAAGUUUGUUUGAUUGUCACUGCUUAAAAACUACCAAAUAUAAAUCAUUUUAAUUUACACAUCAAUAUUAAGUUAAAUAUAAAUCUUUAAAUGUUUAUCAUCAUAAUCAUAUUAUAUACCCACUUCAGUAAUUUCACACUGGACACACAUUUCUUAAGUUUCAAUUUGAAAUGUUUCUGAAAUUACACACAUGAGGUGUACAGUAGCAUGCCGAUGUACUGGAUUUCAGUUUUUCUUUCUGCACAUAUUCUCUUUCGCCCGACUAACUGGUUUUGAAUAAGCCUUGACUGUAAUCCCACCUCCCCUCUUUGAGUUGAUAAGAAGUCAUUCAAGACUCGCACUCAGUCAGUGAUCCAGUACAGAGGGGUUAAGAAAUACAGGAUAGAGCCAGUCUGGUGCUGUUUUUGAACCUCAGAGAGGACAAAACAGACUGGAGGGCAGGGAGAGGCUGAUAUCACCUACAUUAAGCAUGUAUUGGAAUAAAAACUGAGUGAAGAAGAGAGAGAAAGAGACAAUCAGACAUGAGAGGUACGAGGACAACUGCUGGAACACAGAGACAGGCUGCUUUCCUUCACAUGGACCACCGUCCUUUUUGACAAAACUAAGGAGUUUGUCUAGAAGUCUUGCAACGAGUCGAGAAGACUAAGUAAAGACUAACUGUGGUUCAACAGACAGACUGGCAUUAGAGCAGACAGUACAGAAAUUUCCUGAGGUACUGCGUUCUUACUGCUCAGACCAUCAGAGACGUUCAUGCCUUUGUCUCCCUCUCAGCAUGGAAUGUGAAGAAGGCUUGAAUGUAGAGACAUUAGGUGAAGAGACUCCCAGAGAAACCAGCUCUUUAAUCAGUACAGAUCAUGAUGACAGCAUCUAUGGCAAGAAUAUGGCUCUCUAUGAGGAUGAGAUGGACAGCACACCGAUGGUGUCAUCUCUCCUCAACAAACUGGCCAACUACACCAACAUAACCCAGGGGGCCCUCGAGCACGAGGAGGCGGAGAGUGAGGAUGGGAUUCAGAGGGUCACCGUGAAUGGCCCACAGAUGGGCACAUUUAUAGGUGUGUUCCUGCCCUGCAUGCAGAACAUUCUGGGUGUGAUUCUUUUCCUGCGGCUCACAUGGAUAGUGGGUACCGCGGGAAUCAUGGAGGCCCUUGCUAUCGUCUUCAUGUGCUGUUCUUGCACCAUGCUGACUGCAAUUUCAAUGAGUGCGAUUGCGACUAAUGGUGUAGUGCCUGCUGGUGGUUCAUACUACAUGAUCUCCAGAGCAUUAGGUCCAGAGUUUGGAGGAGCAGUGGGUUUGUGUGUCUACCUGGGCACCACAUUUGCAGGUUCUAUGUACAUACUAGGAACCAUGGAAAUUUUUUUGACAUACAUAAUGCCAAAUGCUGCUGUGUUUGAAGCAAAGAGUAGAGAGCCAACUGGAAUGCAAAAUAACAUGCGCAUUUAUGGGACAUUCUGUUUAGUUAUCAUGACUCUGGUAGUGUUUGUUGGAGUGAAAUAUGUCAACAAGAUGGCUUUGGUCUUCCUGUCCUGCGUAAUGCUGUCAAUUAUGGCCAUCUAUGCAGGGGUCAUCCAAUCUGCCAUCAAGCCUCCCAAUUCUCAGCAUCGAGUUUGUCUGCUAGGCAACCGCACCUUGCAAAAUUCCAGGUUUGACAAGUGUGAAAAAACAGAGCUCAUCAACAACGUGACCACCCCCACCCAACUAUGGAAGCUUUUUUGUAAAGGUGGCAUUGAAAAUGCAACAUGUGAUGAAUACUUCACCCAUAACAAUUUAACAGAGAUUCAAGCUGUUCGUGGCUUGCUCAGCGGGGUCAUAUCAGAUAACAUGUGGGGCCACUAUGGACAAUACAGGGAUAUAGUGAGUCCAGAACGAGCUUCAGAUAAAUCUGAUGAAAGUCAUUAUGUCCUCCAUGACGUCACUACCUUUUUCACCCUUCUGGUUGGAAUCUACUUUCCUUCAGUUACAGGAAUCAUGGCAGGGUCGAACAGGUCUGGAGAUCUUAGAGACCCUCAGAGGUCCAUUCCCACUGGUACCAUUAUGGCUAUUGCAACCACCUCCAUUAUCUAUCUUUCCUGUGUGGUGUUAUUUGGCGCAUGUAUUGAAGGUGUGGUACUGCGAGACAAGUAUGGCAAGUCAGUUAAUGGGACUCUUGCUGUUGCAACACUAGCUUGGCCAUCUUCGUGGGUGAUUGUGAUUGGCUCAUUUUUCUCCUGUUGUGGGGCGGGGCUACAGAGCCUCACCGGUGCUCCCAGGAUCCUUCAGGCUAUCGCUCGAGAUGGGAUCAUGCCAUUCUUACAGGUGUUUGGUCAUAGCAAAUCUAAUGGUGAGCCAACCUGGGCCUUACUCCUAACUGCAGCAAUCUGUGAGAUUGGGAUCCUCAUUGGUUCCCUGGAUCAUGUUGCUCCCAUCCUCUCAAUGUUUUUCUUGAUGUGUUACCUUUUUGUAAACUUGGCCUGUGCUGUCCAAACACUUCUACGCACCCCAAACUGGAGGCCAAGAUUCAAGUUCUACCACUGGUCCCUCUCUUUUCUUGGGAUGAGCCUGAGUCUGUCCCUCAUGUUUGUCUCAUCUUGGUACUAUGCUUUUGUUGUCAUACUGUUUUCUGGAUGCAUCUACAAGUACAUUGAAUACAGAGGGGCAGAGAAGGAAUGGGGAGAUGGGAUUCGAGGAUUAUCCCUUAAUGCAGCUCAAUAUGCCCUAAUAAAAUUGGAGGAGGCGCCACCUCACACCAAGAACUGGAGACCUCAGCUGCUGGUGCUCCUGAAGUUGGACUCUGACUUGGGGGUAAAACAUCCAUGUCUGCUCUCCUUUACCUCACAGCUGAAGGCUGGGAAAGGCCUGACCAUCGUCUGCUCAGUGCUGGAGGGCACCUACAUGGCUCGCGAGGCAGAUGCGAAGCUCUCUGAAAAGAAUAUCAAAGCGGCCAUGGCAAAGGAGAAAACGAAGGGUUUCUGUCAUGUGGUGGUGUCCUCUAACCAGCGGGAUGGUUUCUCUCACCUGAUCCAGUCUGCAGGCCUGGGUGGCAUGAAACACAAUUCAGUGCUGAUGGCCUGGCCUGCCAACUGGAAACAAGCCGAGAGCUCCCUCUCCUGGAAGAACUUCAUCGAAACCAUCAGAGAGACAACAGCUGCCCACCAGGCCCUGUUAGUGGCAAAAAACAUCGACAAAUUUCCCACAAACCAGGACCGGUUAGAUGAGGGUACCAUUGAUGUCUGGUGGAUUGUCCAUGAUGGUGGUCUACUCAUGCUCCUUCCGUUCCUGCUCCGCCAGCACAAGGUUUGGAGAAGGUGUAAGAUGAGGAUCUUCACAGUGGCUCAGAUGGAUGACAACAGCAUCCAGAUGAAGAAAGACCUACAGAUGUUCUUGUACCAUCUGCGUCUUGAUGCAAAGGUGGAAGUUGUGGAAAUGCAUGCAGGUGAUAUUUCGGCCUUCACCUAUGAGAAGACCCUUGUGAUGGAGCAACGCUCUCAGAUGCUGAAGCAGAUGCAGCUUUCUAAGACAGAGCGAGAGAGAGAGAUUCAAAGCAUCUCAGAUGAAUCCCGGAAUUCCAUCAGGAGGAAGCCCUUAGGAGAGAAACCAACUCAAAGCAACAAGUUUCAAGUGCCAACUAUAAUUCUGGACGAGGAGGCUCAGCUGAUUCAUGACAGGAACACUAAGUCACAUGCCACUCUGAACGACAAGGCCACGCCAACUUCUGACCGGGUCCAUAUGACCUGGACUAAAGAGAAGCUGAUUAGUGAGAGAAACCGCCAUCGGGAGGCUCACAUGACUGUCCGGGACAUCUUCAAUAUGAAACCAGAGUGGGAGAAUCUGGAUCAGACUAACGUGAGAAGAAUGCACACUGCAGUCAAGCUGAAUGAGGUUGUAGUCAAAAAAUCCAAGGGAGCCAAACUGGUGCUGCUGAAUAUGCCAGGACCACCCAAAAACAAGGGCGGAGAUGAGAAUUACAUGGAGUUCUUGGAGGUCCUCACAGAGGGAUUGGAACGGGUGCUGCUGGUCCGAGGUAGCAGCAGGGAGGUCAUCACCAUUUACUCAUAGCAUCAUGCAGAGACAGACACUGAGGAGAAUAUUUCUACGAGGAGAGAUUGUCCAAAGCUGCACAGAUACUGUACAGAUGGACUCAGGACAGGCAAAAGCACUCCAGCUGCAGGCCAGCACACACAUUUGAGGAUCCAAGAGGAUUCUUCUCAUUUUCUUUUCACUUAGAAUUUUAAUACCAAACACAUUUUAAUACCAAGUUUAAACAGGGUCCUUUGAUGUGAUCUUUAAUAAUCAUUAAAAAAAAAAAAAAAACAGGCCAAAGACUUAGAUUUAUCCCAUAAGGCUUGAAGAGUGACAUCAGCUGUUGCAUUGCUGAGUCAUAUGACUACAUAGGACAGUGUUUGAAUCAUUAAAGUGCUUGUAAUUUAUAUGUAUUAAAUGGAUAUAUUUUUGUAUCUAAUCAUGUUCCUCUGCUGAGCUUUAUACAGUGAUGUUAGUCCGAUUCAUAAGAUUUUUGUUUCGAUAUCAGUAUUGCUCACUUUGCAGUAUGUGUAAAAUCAUGAUUAUGUCACCAGCCAAAUCAUAUGGUUGAAGCCUGUUAGUAUAUUUUUUAAUACUAUUUUUUAAUACUAUUUUUUUAUGUUAAAUAUGUAGCAUUUUUGCAGUCAUCAAGUUUCCAUCCAGUUUUUGUGCUAUGUUAUCGACAAAGAGAGUAUGCGUUAAAAAAAACUUGCAAAAAUUGCUGUCUACAGCCUAGACUUUUACAGAUAAAAUGGUGUGUGUGAUGAUGUCAUCCCUUAAAAAAAUGAGUUGUCGCAUAAGUUUUGGUGUAUCGCAAAAAAAAUGCCCUUGAGCCGUUUCUAUACAUUAUUUCACCUACUGCGUAAUUAUAUAUUAUCUUCAUCCAUUUGAAACAAAACUUUAUUAUAUAGCCUAUUAUUAAAUUGUAUAGGACUGUAUAAAAUUGUUUUUAACAAGUGUCAUGAGUUUUUUUUUUUUUUUUUUUAAGGCUACUUUGUUAUAGACUAUUUAGAUGCUUGAUCAUCAAGCAUUAUUCAUAAAUAGGUGCAGUUGUAUUAGUCUGUCAUUAUUUUUCUGAUGAACUUUUAGAAGAAAUGUUCAUUUCCGUUAUUUAUUUCUCCUAACCAACAACCGACGGUCGUUAAGCCAUAAUUAACCGACAAGAUUGUUAAAUUACAAUUAAAUUAAAUUUGAAUUAAUACGUGGAUGUAAACCUAAAUUUGUUUUCAUGGGAUUCAUUUUAUACACACAAAAAGCAGGAUUGACAUGGUCAUGUCACACACAUACAGUGCUUCUGUGAAUGGAGAAUAACAUAAUAAAGCUAUAUAUAAGCUAUAUAUAAAAGAAAUAAAUAGGCCUAUAUGCUAAAUAUAUUUUUCUAAAUGAUAAAUUAACAAAACAAAAAAAAACUGCAACAUUAAGCAGCCUAAAUACAGAAUUUCGGGUAAUUUUUGUGAUGCACUCUUGAGAAAGAGGCAUCCUGUUUGUUUCCUUAAUUUUACAAAAGCACAAUGUUUUGUAUUUAUUGUAAAUGUACACAAAUAAAGGAAUAUUUAGAAUAGUUUUGGCAGAAGUUGAAAAUAUGCUUGUUCGACUUCAUGCGGCGCCGCAAAGAUCGUCUGCCGCCUGUUUCUUGACAAAAAGUGUUUCCAAACUAUUUUGAAGUAUUGAUAUAGAAUUAUUAGCUAAAGUUAAACGGAAACAGAUAAUAUCGACACAUGAGAAAUUGUAUCGAUAAAUGGAAUUCCAUCAGCUAUAUUGGUAAAAAAUUUUAAGUGCUAAAAAAAUUUCCGUACAAAAUCCUUGGAUGGAAACCUGGCUACUGAUGCUUUAUAAGAACCAUUUUAGGUAGAACUGUGAAAAGGUUCCAUGGAUGUUAAUGGUUCUUCAUGUUUCUUAAUAAAAAUCUUAAUAAAGAUUUUUGAAGAUUUUUUUAAUUUUAAAGAGUGUAAGUCCAUCAUAAAGGUAAAUUAAGUGUUCAUAGAGAUCUUUUAUAUAAUUACACUCCUAAUUGGAAAAAGUGUAAAUAAAAUAUAUAGUGACUG